AUGCCUCUCUUCGACACUCACAACACAUGGGCCUUUGUCUUUGGUUUGCUCGGGAAUGUCAUCUCCUUUGCUGUGUUCCUCUCUCCUGUGCCAACGUUCUAUAGGGUUUGGAAGAAGAAGACAACAGAAGGGUUUCAAUCUCUUCCUUAUGUUGUAGCGCUUUUCAGCGCGACGCUUUGGCUUUACUACGCAACACAGAAGAAAGAUGUCUUCCUCCUUGUUACCAUCAACUCAUUUGGCUGCUUCAUCGAAACCAUCUACAUCUCUAUGUUCCUUGCCUACGCCCCCAAGAAAGCCCGGAUGACGACAGUGAAGUUGCUACUUGCUAUGAACUUUGGAGGAUUCUGUCUGAUUCUUCUUCUUUGCCAACUCUUGGCAAAAGGAACAACACGUGCAAAGAUCAUCGGAGGAAUCUGUGUUGGAUUCUCUGUCUGUGUUUUCGCUGCUCCUUUAAGCAUAAUCAGGACGGUAAUAAAGACAAGGAGUGUGGAGUACAUGCCCUUUAGCUUAUCCUUAACCCUUACAAUUAGUGCGGUCAUAUGGCUCCUUUAUGGUCUUGCUCUCAAGGACAUCUAUGUUGCUUUCCCUAAUGUGAUUGGAUUUGCCCUCGGUGCACUACAAAUGAUACUCUACGUGGUUUACAAAUACUGUAAAACGACACCGCAUCUAGGAGAGAAAGAAGUGGAAGCCGCUAAGUUACCGGAGGUGAGCCUGGAUAUGCUAAAGCUAGGCACAGUUUCAUCCCCUGAGACAGCACCAAUCGCAGUCGUUCGUCAAGUGAACAAGUGUACCUGUGGAAAUGAUCGUAGGGCUGAGAUUGAAGAUGGACAAAACCCUAAAAACGGCAAGCAGUCCUCUUCCGCAGAGGCUACAUGA